CAUGCUGGAAUGUCCCGAUCGGUCGGGCGGACAUGGUUCCAAUUUUUCCCUCCACAAGUCUGUCCAUCGCCGAAGGAGCGGGUUUUCUCGCUUUCUUAAACCCAAAUGGGGAAAGCAUGCUGAAAAAAGCUUCUGUACCGGACAGUCAUUGGAUACACUGUUCGGUGUUAGUUAACAAUGUUCAGUAUAGUUUGGAUAGUGACCAGAUACAUCGGAUCGGCGAUAAAACAACCAUUGAACGGUAUGAUUCGGAGCGAUGCGGUGUACGGGUAAAAAAUCUUCAGAAAGCUUUCGAAACAAAAUGGACCCUGUACGGUACUGAUCAGACGGGUGUAGAUAGUACAGGAGUGCUCGAUGUAACUGUUACGUCGAUAAAAUUUAUCGACGAACUGAAUGUUACCGUUAGUGGAUCCUCGUCCACUGCGACAGUAAACUGCCCGGACAAGGACGGUUCCCGAUACUGUCGCAUCAUCGGUGCUGAUCAAGUCGUGUCCGAAUCCUGCUCCAAAACAGUCGAACUCGCCCAGCUGGUCAGCCACUUCUGGUGUCACACAAUGUUCUGGGGCGCAAUGACGGAAAGGAUCACGAAGAUUAAUCUGUUCGUUGAGGAGAAUGAUCGUGACGUAAAGGCGUCGGUGGUGGAGACGGAGGACCAUAUCGUGCUUUCUUGCCAGUACCGUUCGACGGUUUCGCUGUGCCGCGCCUUAUCGGAAACAGAUAAUCGUCAGCUCAUGUUGCUUGAUGGUCAUCUGUCUGGGCGUUACUCGGCGUACAAUACAAAAAUUUCGAAAGGGAUCUGUUCGCUUGAGAUAAAAAAACCGCUCGCUCCGGCGGAUGUUGGUGUGUGGCGCAUCUAUCAACAGCUAAACCCAACCGAUUAUACUGGAUGUGUGUUUGACGUGAAGGGGAGACGAUUCUCUAAAGGGCGUUCCAUUCGUACCCGUGGUUCUCCGGCGAAAAGCAGUCGAACAGAGCUGACAGCAACCAAUAUCGAAAUUUUCCGCGAUCCUCGAUCUACGAGCGCAACCGUUACGGAGCUUUCCUGUGAAGCCCCAUACGCCAUCGAUUAUUGUUACCUUUCCGGUCCCAACGGAGGUGAUCAUACGCCUCAUAAGUUUGAUCGUUUAAAAUCGCUCGGUAUCUGUCGGUUCGAAGUUACCAACAUUACGAGCGGUGUAUGGGCCUGUGGCAUUAAUGAUCAAGAUGGGGCGGAAGAUCAUCUUACGUACUACAACGUGAGCGUGUUUCAGCAACCGGGACAAACCGUUACCGGUCAGCUAACGGCCAGCUCGGGUGAUCGCGAUCAACGGCUACUCUGCCGUACAAUUCUAGAGCUUCCGAUCGACAUUUGCCGUUUUGUCGAUCCAUCCGGUGAGGUACAUGGGGUAUCGAAUCAGAUGAAACCAUCGGCCGAUGCUCGCUAUCGCUACUAUGGGAAAGGAUUGCGCGAGGGUGAAUGUGGGCUGGAGAUAGUGGAGCUGCGGGACAAGGACUUUGGCCGGUGGAAGUGCUUGUUUAAGGUGCAAGGACGAGAGUACGAAAUUUCGAUGGACGUUGUUGAAGAAGGUGAGCUAUGAGUGUCGGUGUAAUCAUAGGAAUCAGUAUUGCGGCAACAAUAGUGCUCGGUAUCAUCGGAAUCUUCGCCUAUCGGAAGCUGAAUCGACGUUACACCGGUCCCAGCUACACCGUUUCUUCUAGCAAUACAAACGUAUCGA